AGUUAAAGCUGCAAGACGCAUGGUCAAGGACACCGGCUCUACUACAUCAGAAAGUAAGGAAGCAGCAGGUAGGAGCAGAACCUCGUGUCAAAGGCUGUCACAGAAGAAGUCAGCGGGUCAAAGCUGUUCGGAGAAAAGAAGAUUGAAGCAACCAUGGACCAGGCAAGGUCAACAAUAUCAAAAAUUUUUAACGGGGAGCCUCACUCCUACACACGUUUCAACCUGACCCAGAACAUGGAAGGUGAUAACAGCCAGGUGGAAAUGAAGCUGUCGUCGGACAUGGAUAGGGAGACAGGGGGCAACGGCGUGGGAGACCACCACAAUUACAACUCCAACUGCAAUCCCCAUGUGGCUCAAAAGAUCGAGCGCACACCAAAGAACCUCUGCUUCAUGGCUGUCGCCACCUUGCUCAUCUUUGUCAUCGGCUACUUGAUUGGCUACUUGGUUCAUGAGAAGAAGGACUUGGUUCCCACGUGUGUAGCCUCCAAGGUCCCUUUUGACGAAGUUGUUGCCGUCGAGACGGGUGCUGCCCCCCUCAUGAACUGGGAAAAGGUCAAAAAGCUGCUUGCUGAAAAAGUCUCGGCAGACAAACUUGAUUCUGUCUUUAGUGAGUUCUCCAGUGACAACCAUCGGGCGGGUUCCCCGGGUGAUGAAGCUCUGGGAGAAAAGGUGCUCAAUAGGUUCAAAGAGUACGGGAUGAAAACCUGGACUGACGAGCACUUUGUUAAGGUUCAGGACCCCCCAGCGUCUGGCUACAACACAUAUCAUUACAAGGAGAAGGAGGAGCAUCCAGAGGGAUUCCUGUCCUACAGUGCCAACGGAGCAGUAAAGGGUCAAGUCUUGUAUGCGUUUUUCGGGGAGGAGAAGGACUUUAGGACGCUGAGAGAUCAUAACAUCAAUAUGACUGGCAAGGUCAUGCUGGUCAGGGCUGGUCGGAUCAGCUUUGCUGAGAAGGUAGCCAAUGCUGCCAAAAUGGGUGCUGCUGCUGUGCUGAUCUACCCAUACCCCUCUGAUUCCUCUUUUGGUGGAACCACUGAGCUCUAUGGACAUGUCCACCUUGGUUCAGGGGAUCCCUACACCCCAGGCUUCCCCUCCUUCAACCACACCCAGUUCCCACCUGUCCAGUCCUCAGGCCUGCCAAAUAUCCUGGCCCAGACCAUCACCUUCGACAUGGCCAACAGCAUUCUGAAAGAGCUGGGGGGUCCCGAUGCGCCGGAAGAGUGGGUAUCCUCCAACAAACUUGGCAGUCGCAACGAUGUUAUUACUGUGAACGUCAACAACGUGCUCAGAGAGAAAAAGAUUACUAAUGUCUUCGGGGUCUUCAAAGGCUUUGUGGAUCCAGAUCGAUAUGUGGUCAUUGGCGCACAGAGGGACGCCUGUGGUGCAGGUUUUGCCGCAUCAACCGUCGGCACCAGCGUCCUUGUCGAGCUGGCACGCUCCAUCUCAGAUAUGGUGAAGAACGAUGGUUUCAAGCCCAGGAGAAGCAUUGUGUUUGCCAGCUGGAGCGCUGGAGAGUAUGGGAGUGUUGGCGCUACCGAGUGGCUGGAGGGCUAUCUUUCCUCUCUGAGCAUGAAAGCCUUCGCUUACAUCGACCUGGAUGGAGUUGUAACGGGUCAGAAUUAUUUCAGAGUGGCAGCCAGCCCCUUACUGCACGGCCUGAUCGAGAGCACUCUGAAGGAGGUGACCUCCCUGAACAAAGCUGUGACUCUCUAUUCUGAAUUCGCAAAGAACAACUUGGAAGCCAAUGUGUUGGAGCCUCUGAAGUUGGAUAACGCUGCGUAUCCUUUCCUCGCCUUUUCGGGCAUCCCGUCAUUAUCGUUCAGAUUCACCUCCGGGAACUUGGACUACCCGUUCUUUCGCACCAUGCUGGACACCCGGGCGAAACUGAACCUAGCCACGUACAGCCAUGUGCCCGACCUGGCGGCGAUCGCCACGCGGUUCGCAGGUCAUAUGGUGCUGAGGCUGGUCCAUGAUCAUCUGCUGCGCAUGGACGUGAUGAAGUACAGCAAAAUCAUAAGUAGUCGCGUGUCUCAGAUCAACAACAAGUUCAACUCUGUGCUGCGGGUGCAGCCGCAUGUGUUGCCCAAGGCGCUGACGAUGCAAUGGCUGAUGUCUGCCUACGGCUCCUACAGCCGAGCCUCCUCCAAGCUGGCGUCAGACAUCCAGAACAGCAACAUGGAUGACAUUGAGAUGUGCCGUAUCCUUAACGACCGCAUAAUGACGGUGGAAAGGAACUUACUGUCCCCCUACACGUCCCCCAGAGAGAGUCCUUUCCGGCACAUCCUGAUGGGCUCCGGCCCCCACACUAUGCAGGCCCUCUACAGCCACCUGGAGGCCCUGAAGCUGGAAAACCCCGAAGCGGACGCCAACCUGUUCCACAACCAGUUCGCCCUCACCACUUGGACCAUCCAGGGCUGCGCCAACUCGCUGGCAGGGGACGUGUGGGCUCUUGAUAAUGAAGUCUAAAACAAAAAGUAACUCUCUCCACUUCCUCCCUCGUUGAUAAUUUGGUCGUCUUAUUCACAGCCAACAAAGUAAAACAGCUUUUUAAAAUGAAUCUAAGCUUAGAUUAAAGUUGAGCCGUUCCGUAAUUCUUUCAACAUUUGAGUCAUGGAGCUCAUGUUUCUCCUUUCUGAAAUUCUCACUGAUAUAAAAAAAGCCUUACGCCUUAACAAGAUGGAUGUUUUUCGUUGCAGGAAAUGCAGUAUUGUGAAUACUUCGGUGCUAGCAACAAUUACCUUCAAACGGCCCCGUUACGUGGCACUUAAAAUGAGUCACAGUACGUCUGUGUAAAGCUGUUCAGAUAAACAAAACACAAAAUGCCAGUAUGAUACGAGCUAAUGAUCUCAAAUCCAAACUGCUGGUCUUAUUACUGCUGCUGUCGCCUCGUGUUUAAACCUGAAACCUUUUUUAUCGGAAGUUUAAGUUUCCUUCUGCGGCAAAACUUGCAACUCUGUUCAUAGUCAGCAAUGUGUGAGUGGCCUAAAUGGAGCAGAGGAUGAAUUGACAAUUAAACCGCAGUUCUGUUGCACUGAAUUAGGGCUGGGCAAUAUACCAAUGUAAUAUCAAUACCUUGAAUAAUUUGGAUAUCAUUAGUGAUGUCACUUCCUGCAUUUACAGGAACAGUACAGUAAAUUGAUGACAUUAUCUUACUUUGAGAUUACUGUUCUAGGAGUCAUAUUUUUUCCUAAGUAGUUGAAUUACUGAUGCUAUUUAUCCAAAUUGUGAUUGUAUUACUUUUACUUUUAAAAUGCACCAAUGGUCCACCCUACAUUAUCCUCACGAUAUUGCUCUAUUUGGUCGAAAUAAUAUGGCCCAGCCCUACACAGAACUUGUUUAAAAAAUAUGGACAAUUGUCUGUUUUCGCUGGCGUCGUUACAAAGUAAUUCCACGCUACAAUUAGCAAUAAAAAUAAAUAAAAAAUGAACGCUAGGCCUUUGAAAAACCAAGGGGGAAGGUCUGAAGGCACUGAAACAAACCGUACGUCUAUUUAUUGUGUUAUUUAUUUAUCAGUGGCAGGGUUCACUAUAAAUAGUAUUUUUUAUUGCCUUUUAUAAAAAAUGAGAAAAAAAAUAAUAGUGUAUAAUUAUCGGGAGCAGUGCCUUCCAUAAUUAUGACAGUUAUACUGUCGAAAUAUCAAGAGCAGCAUCUGCUUAUAAAGAAGUGUACAUGUCGACCAGGACUGAGUUACGAACAAUCACUAAACGAUAACAAUGUACAACUCCGACGUCGUUCUUUUCCUUGUAAACUGACACUGGAUUGGUCUCUUAGUUGAGGCCUGAUCACGCCUCUGGCUGGAAGGUCCGGUCCCUCAUCAUGUACACUUCUCAUCCUCACAACAUUAUCGGAAGCAGUGUCUUCCAUAAUGUGAAUAAAAGAAGAAGGUAGUUUUUGCCUACCAGUGUGUGUCCGUAUCGGAGGCAGUGCCCUCCAUAUUUCACUGUAGGAGUGGAUGUUUUAUUAUCGGGAACAGUGUGUCCCAUAAUGCUUGUAAAUAUACAGAACAUUGCUGCACCAUGUCUGCAUCUUUAGAUCCCAUUUUCACCGUGCUUAUGUUUCCCGCUUAUGAAAAGCUUAGACAUUGGCUCUUAUGGAAGAGGAUUCCAGCCUCGUGUGAAACCUUUUUGAGAUUUUUUCUAAGAAAAAAGUCUAAAUUCAGAAAUUAAAGUCAGAAGUUUGACUAUUAUCUCUGAUCUCUGAUUUUUAUCUCUUUACUCAAAAAACCUUUGGUCAGAUCUCAAAAUUGUGUUCACAUGUGGCCCUAAUCCUCUGCAGUAGGCUCUUUGUAAAACAUCAGUAACCUAAAAAAGCUAAAUUUAAAUUGUUAUGGGUUUAUUUGUGUAUCAUUUUAAUCUGAUAAGGUGUCGUCUUUUCUUUCGGUUUCAUGGAAGUGUAUUUUUUGUGUUGUAACGAACAUCUUUGCGGCCAGUGGUUAGAGCGGUGGUCACCUCUUACAAAAAAUGUUUGUUUUUGAUGAUUCAAUCCGUGUGAACGUUACAUUCUAUCUUUUUGUGUGAAUUCAUUGUUGUUUAAAAUUACCUUGUGCCUUUUUUGUGUGUCAUGACUGCAUAAUAGAGCUGAAUGUCUACAUACAGUACUUAAAGACUUUGCGCGUUUGACUUUAGUUUUUUUCUGUUGUACGCUAGAAUCAAAAGUUACUGGGUUAAAGGCCUGUUAACACUUUGUUUUUUUUAGAUGAUGUCACUGGAUUAUGUAAAUUGUUAAACAUCAAUGCAUAUGGGAUUAAACAAUUACACAGUGAAUGUAACAGUAGUUAACCUGGACUUCCUUUAGCUAAUCUGCUAAAUCUGGUCACACAAAUUCUUGUUUUUUUAAUGAAAUACACUGUGCCUCGGCAAAAAAACUUAAAUUGUUUAAGAUCACCAGCCUCUUUAAAAUGGUCCAAUAACCAUUUAAAGUUUGAGAGAUUAAACUGAUAUGUCCUGGAAGUUACAUUACUAAUACUGGCAUCUUGCUGAGGAUACAAACAUAGAAAUGAGGUCGCCAUACCGGUCUUUGUUGGACUUUCAAGUUCCAAAAGUGUGGAUAAAGAAUGUGUUAGGAAAUUGUUGAAAUAACAAUGUCUUUUCUUUUUUCUUCGACUGUAUACAAAUUUGCUUCGCUUCACAUUUUCGUUGCUGCAAUAAACAAUCACAUCACAA